AUGGUUGUUCCGUUCCGAAGUGGUAAGGUCUGGUCGAUAGACGGUACAUUUGAUGUCUGUCCUGUUGGAUGGGCUCAGAUGUAUACCAUCUCAAUCCUUGUUGACCACCACGUCCUUCCUAUCGUCUAUGAUCUGCUUCCUUCGAAGUCAGGUAACUGCUAUCUGGAGUUCCUAAGUCACUUGAAUCGUCUGAUUCCUGGCUUAGACCCUGAUGUUGUCAUAACUGACUUCGAAAAGGCUGCAAUCAAUGCCUUCAAGACGGUGUAUCCAUCGUCUAGGAUGUCUGGUUGUAUGUUUCACCUGGGGCAAAGCAUCCAAAGGCGAUUGGAUGGCUCUGGAAUGAGUGAGUCGUAUGCCAGUGAUCGUGUUGUGCGUAAGUUUGUUCAGGCUCUGAAGUGUUUAGCCUUUGUUCCUGCAGCUCAGGUUCAACAAACAUUCACUUGGUUACGUAAUCACGAUGACUUCCCUUCUUGUCUAGCCUCCACAUAUGCUUAUUUUGAUAAGACAUAUGUGAGUGGUGCUAAUGGCAAUGGUCCGCUGUAUCCUCUUUGCCUUUGGAACAACCGUGAGAAUGUUUUGGCAGACAUUCCACGUACCAAUAAUGGCAUUGAAGGUUGGCACAACAUCUUCCGUUCAACUUUUGGAACGUUGAACAAGACUUCUAGGAACGUUGUGAAGAAGUUGCGUGCUGAGGCAGAGGCAGUACACCUAAAGUACCUCAGGUUGCAGUCAGGUGAGAACCUGUAUAGGCACAAGAAGUACAAACAGAUGAGUGAGUCACUUCUUGUGUUUGUCAUUGAGAGGGAAGAGUCUGGACAGCAUGCAACUGACUAUAUUUUUAGUCUAGUGGAGUUUAUUUACUAUUAA